AAAAAAAAAAAAAAAAAGACUGCGCGCAAGGUAAGGAGCGGGAGACUGAGGCAGGAAGGUUGGAGCUGGCCAGGGGCCACCCGCCAAAUGUCACCCGGGGGUGCGCGUGGGCGGGGGCAAAGCUUCAGCGCUUGGCUGGCGGUUGGUCCUGCGCUGGCGGUUGGCCCUGCUCGCGGCUAGCAGGACCCCCUAGGUCUCGAGGGACGGAUUCUAAACCACUGCACGUUGCCCAGGAGACCCCAGUGAUGGCACUGUGGACUCGCCUGUAUGGCCGCGUCCUGGAAAGCUCUAGGGUGAUGCCCACCAUCAGUGAAGAAGGCCCUUCAGGAGGAAGUGAAAACCAUGGAUCUGGCUGCCCUUCACAACCAGAUGCAGAUUCCCAUUUUGAACAGCACAUGAUGUCCAUGCUAGAAGAAACAGACAUUGCUCAGAGCACACUGAUAGAGACUCAAGAAACAUUGGCGUUGACCCAGGGGAAAUUACUCGAGGUUGGUCAUGAGAGAGAUUCGUUGCAGAGACAACUCAAUACUGCGCUUCCACAGGAGUUUUCAACGCUUGCAAAAGAGCUCAACAUUUGCAGGGAACAGCUGCUUGAGAAGGAAAAAGAAAUUGCUGAACUGAAAGCAGAAAGGAACAACAUGAGGCUGUUCCUGGAACAUCUGGAGUUCCUUGUCUCCAGGCAUGAACGCUCUCUCGAAACGACUGUGAUGAAGCGGCAGGCGCGGUGUCCUGCAGGAGUGUCCACAGAGAUGGAAGUGCUAAAAGCACUGACAUUCUUAUUUGACCACCACAAGACCCUGGACGAAGAGGUGCGAGAGCAAUUACGUGUAGCACUGCAAAGGUGCAGCUUGCUGGAAGAGGAACUGGGCGCUACGCACAAGGAGCUAAUGACUCUUAAAAAACAGAAUAAUGAGAAAAAAUCACCAAGAGAUGGAGUGCUUGACCAUGAACAAGAAGAAACACCAAGCACUAAUGGAAAGUUGCUAGCUUGCAGAGAAGAAGAACGAGAUGACAAGACAACGAUAAAAUGUGGAACUUCCCCUCUCUCCUCUCCGAAGUCCCUUCAGCUAGACAGGCUGCACACAGGGGCGUUGCAAAUAGUCAGCCACGAGGACAUCAGGGACAUGCAAAAAUCAAAAAGUGCCCAGGAUGGUCCUGUGAGCAAUCCCAGUAGCAGUGACAGCAGGCAGGACUCGCCCCACAAAGCCCCAAAGAAGAAGGGCAUCAAGUCCUCCAUUGGUCGUUUGUUUGGCAAAAAGGAAAAGGGUCGGCCUGGACAAACUGGCAAAGAAUCACCAGGACAAGAAACCUCAUCUCAGGAUGCGUUCCGACUUAGCAAAUUGGGAGGAAAGGCUGAAAAAAAUCGAAAAUUUCAAAAAAACUCAACAGGCUCCCAGGAAGGUCCUGUGAACAAUCCCAGUACCAGUGACAGCAGGCAGGACGCGCUCCACAAAGCCCCAAAGAAGAAGAGCAUCAAGUCCUCCACUGGUCGUUUGUUUGGCAAAAAGAAAAAGGGUCCGCCUGGACAAACUGGCAAAGAAUCACCAAGACAAGGUGGGCCGGAUUUAGGCAGCUGUCCUAACUGCUGGGAUUGGGAGAGCGUGAGCUUUUUCCUAUGUACCUGCCACAGGUGUCCAGUGCCCACAAGGAAUCAUGGCGAAGGUCCUGUGAACAAUCCCAGUACCAGUGACGGCAGGCAGGACGCGCUCCACAAAGCCCCAAAGAAGAAGAGCAUCAAGUCCUCCACUGGUCGUUUGUUUGGCAAAAAGAAUAAGGUUCUGCCUGGACAAACUGGCAAAGAAUCACCAAGACAAGCUGUUGUUUCUGAAACAGAAACCUCAUCUCAGGAUGCCUUACAACUUAGCAAACUGGGAGGAAAGGAUGAAAAAAAUCAUCAACUUCAAAAACAGCCUGAGUUGCUGGAGGAAGCCCAGAGGCAAGGCUUACCAUUUUCACAGUGGGACGGGCCAACCGUGGUUGAAUGGCUGGAGCUCUGGGUUGGGAUGCCUGCUUGCUAUGUGGCUGCCUGCAGAGCAAAUGUGAAAAGUGGGGCCAUCAUGUCAGCUCUGUCAGACAGACAGAUCCAGCAAGAGAUUGGCAUCAGCCACCCUCUGCACAGACUGAAGCUGCGGCUGGCCAUCCAGGAAACCCUGUGGCUCACCAGCCCUUCGGCUCCACCCACAUUGAAAAAGACCACAGGAAAUGUCUGGUUAACACAUGAAGAGAUGGAAACACUCGCAGCCACAUCUCAGAUGGAAGAUGAGGAGGGAAGCUGGAUUCAGACACUUGCAUAUGGGGACAUGGACCACGAGUGGAUUGGCAAUGAGUGGCUGCCCAGCCUGGGCCUACCUCAGUACCGAAGCUAUUUCAUGGAGUGCCUUGUGGAUGCUCGGAUGCUGGACCACCUGACCAGGAAAGACCUGCGGGGGCGGCUGAAAAUGGUUGACAGUUUUCACAGGAACAGCUUCCAGUGUGGACUUAUGUGCCUGAAAAGGUUAAAUUAUGAUCGUAAAGAACUGGAAAGAAGAAGAGAAGAAAGUCAGCAUGUAGUUAAAGAUGUGCUUGUUUGGAGCAAUGAUCGAGUGAUUCGCUGGGUCAUAUCCAUUGGCCUUAAAGAAUAUGCAAACAACCUCAUAGAGAGUGGGGUUCAUGGCGCACAGCUGGCCUUAGAUGAAGCCUUCGAUUACAACACAUUGGCCCUGUUGUUACAGAUCCCGACAGAGAACAGAAAGGCUCGAAAUGUCUUGGACAAAGAAUUUGCCGACCUUUUGGUCCUUGGGACUGUCAGACGUUUUGAUGUUGAGCAUGACAAACACUUUAGGAGAGCACCUUCAUGGAGAGAGAAGGUUAGAGAAAAGGCCAUUCAUGGCGUGGCAACUGGGUCAUCAGAGACACUCCCUGCAAACUUCCGAGUCUCUUCUUCCAAGUCUUCCCACUCUGUGCAGCCCAAUGAGAUCCAGAUGGAUGUGUUAUCUUUCCAUAUACUUACCUUGUGCCACCUGAAGAGGGACAGGGAAGAAGGCAGAAGCCUUGUGGAGACCGCUAGGGCAGCCCUGCUGCCUUCUCAGUGAGAGAUGGCAAGGCAUUGACCUUUCCAGUGCAGUCGGGAUGGCCCUUAUGUAACUGCUGACUGAAGAGUGCAGUUGGCUGAGAGGAGACCUUGAGUCCCUGCCCACCUAGUAAAAGGCACUGAUAGGGUCCUGAGAGAGCCCACAUCCACAUCCAGCUCUUGUGGUAGCAGGGACAUGACCUUGAGCAAGUCAUGCAGCUGUGCUGUGCCUCAGUUUCCAUAUCUGUAACUUGGGCAUCAUAGUAAUGUGAUUUUGAUGCUUCAAUGUGUCAUGUGGGUGAAGCUGAUGGAGUCCUGAGCCUCGUGCAUUGCUGACAAUCUCAGUGUUAGGUGGAGACUUCAUUCCUUCUCAUUCCUGAUGUACAUGGUUGUGCUGUAUAAACUGUACCAGUGGGGUUGUUACAAGUUUCCUGUUGUUAGCCCCCUGUGUAGGUAGUUUUCCUUUUUUCUCUUUCUUGCCUGUAUGAAAAUCAGAGAAAAAUACAUUUAUAUAAACUUUUUAAAGCUGAACACUUUCCAGUGUGUCUUUUAACUAGUAAGUUCUUAAGAAUUAACACUUUCUCCCUCAAGGUGUCUUACAAAUGUUGGCAAGGCAUGGAAGUGCAUGCCUGUAAUUCCAGUACUUGGGAGGCUCAGGCAGGAAAAUCAUGAAUCUGAGAUGUAUGUGAAUCAUAAAUCCAGGUUAAGGCUAUACUGAGCUUCAUAGGAAGACCUUGUAUCAUAAAUAAAAUAGAUAAGUAAGUAAGCUGUGACGGGCCUUGAGCUUAAUUUCCAUUGGCUUACUAAAUAGUCUAAAUGAGUACUCUGUUGUUUUCCCUGUACCUUCAAUUUCUGUUUCACUAUAAGAAUCACAUUUUCUCUCUGAACAUUGCAAGCAAUAUUAACAUAGCUGGGUGUGGAGAUCACCUGUAAUCCCGGCACUGGGGAAGCUAAGGCAGGAAGGUUGCUGAGAGCUCAGUACCAGCCUCGAAUUCACAGGGAUUGUAGGGCCAGUGUGAACUACACAGGGAGACCUUGUUUCAACAAAACAAAACAAAAAUAAAGGGUAGUAUUAAUGAG